AUGUUUGCUAUGAGAACCCCAACUAUAAACAAAACUAAGCCAUCGCCGUCCACAAGCGCGACGAAUAAAGAGACCGAGGCAGAGCUGCCCUCCUUGCAAGAGCCUGCCUCGACUCUGACUAUAGAGGCGCAGAUGGACGGGGACGACAAAACAGCUUCCACGCUGCAGGGACAGGAAAGCAAGAAAAAUAAAGUGUCAUCACGUAUCACGGAAGCAGCGGCUCUACAACAGAGUGCGCUUGCGCAACUGAACGCGGCUAGGAGCCUUAAAGGAGAGAUAAAAACUGCAGUUACAGCCGCGGUUAAAAGGCUCUAUGAGCUGGUUCGUGAUCGGGACCUAAAUGGAAAAGAAAAGAGAGAAGAACUACAAAUAAAUAAAACUUACAACAAAGAAGAUACAAUGACAGACAUUAGAGAACAGUUGGAGAAGCAGAUCAAAAAGUUAGAAUAG